AAAUUUCCUCAUAAAAAAAAAGCAGAGUAUAUUUAUCGAGCUCGGGGUUUUUUGGGUUGAAAUCGCAGGCCCUCGGUUCGCCGAGAUUAGAGGAAUUUUGUUUCGUCUCCGUGGAACUCUUGGUGGACCGCAUGGGCUGCUACCGGUCGUACCCGACGCUGAUUUAGCCCCUGCUCGUGACGGGAGCGGUUCUCGUGAAAUCGUCCCGCUCCUGCAGCAACGCGACGAACGCUGACACGCCUCUCAAACCUACUCGUUGUCAAAAAAAAAUUAAAAAUAAAAAGAGUACGAGAUCCCCUGAAGGAAACAAAAAAAUAUAAAUAAGCCCUCCUCCGUAUGACUGAAUCUCACUCCCCAUCAUAAAAUUUCUCCGAAUACCCCCUCCGAAUCCUCUUUCCCUUCGUUUUCAUUGUCUGAUGGCGGUUCAUCUCUUCUCAACCACCUCCGUUUGACCUCUUCUCGCCUAUGCGUUCUUCUAUAAUUCCACUCCUUUUCUCUUCCCUUUUUCGUUCACCAAGCUCUUUAGGGCGGCAAUGAAGUGCUUCCACUUCUCCGCCGCUGGCGAUGAGGCGGGGCCCGGGCCGAGGCCUUCCCGGUUCUCCUGGGCGCGCUCCCUCAGCGUCGCCUCGGCUGGGUGGCGGGCCGAGCUCGAUCAUGGCCCCCGGGAUCUCUCGCGACUGGAGGAGGAGGAUCUCUCGCCCCCACUCCGCCUCCAGGGGCAGCUGCCGGACGGACUCCGGGCGUUCACGUUCGCCGAGCUGAAGGCGGCGACCAGGGGGUUCAGUCGCGCCCUCCUGAUCGGAGAGGGCGGGUUCGGGUGCGUGUACAGAGGCGUCCUUACGGUUCCGGGAGAGGAUGACGUCGCUGAGAGCAUGGAUGUUGCCGUGAAGCAGUUGAAUCGAAAUGGAUUGCAGGGACACAGGGAAUGGGUUACAGAAGUUAAUUUUCUGGGUGUAGUUAAGCAUCCCAAUCUUGUCAAGUUAGUGGGCUAUUGUGCUGAAGAUGAUGAGAGGGGGAUUCAAAGGCUUCUGGUAUAUGAAUUAAUGCCCAAUAAAAGCUUGGAGGAUCACCUAUUAGCUCGAGUCACAUCAACUCUGUCGUGGGAGCAGAGGUUAAAAAUUGCCCAAGAUGCUGCACGUGGUUUAGCAUAUCUCCAUGAAGAAAUGGAUUUUCAGCUAAUAUUUCGAGAUUUUAAAACCUCAAAUAUUCUGCUAGAUGAAGAUUUUAAUGCUAAGCUCUCAGACUUCGGGUUUGCCAGACAUGGCCCUGCGGAAGGAGUUGGUCAUGUUUCGACAUCAGUCGUGGGAACUGUUGGCUAUGCUGCGCCGGAAUAUGUCCAUACUGGGAGGUUAACUGCUAAAAGUGAUGUCUGGAGCUUUGGAGUGGUUCUCUAUGAACUCAUAACAGGAAGACGGUCUGUGGAUAGGAACCUACCAAGAAAUGAGCAAAAACUUUUGGAUUGGGUGAGACCCUAUGCAACAGACCCCAAAAAAUUCCACAUUAUUGUAGAUCCACGACUUGAAGGGCAAAACUGUGUACAAUCUGUUCGCAAGCUCAUAGCUUUGGCAAAUAGAUGCCUAAUGAAGCAACCGAAGUCCCGCCCUAGAAUGAGUGAGGUAGUUGAGGUGCUUGAUCAAAUCAUCGAGAUCUUGAACGGGGAGGCUGGAGGAGCCAUUACAGCUCCCUCGGUCAGGGAGGAUGCUACUGAUGCAGCAGAAAUGUCAAAAGAGAAUGCCAAUGCUAGGAGUAGGGUCUUUGACAUCAGGGAAUUGAUCAGCCUAAAGAGCAGGUCUGUAGGAAAGUUGGAUUGGAGAGCGUUGGCACCAGGGGCUGUGGGGAAGUUGGCAAGAACAUGGGGUUAAGGCUGUGGAUGAAGGUCACCGUAUUUGCUUUCCUCUUCUAUGACUUAAAUGCAUGGGAGGAAGAUGGGAUCUUUUAUGGGGUAUGCGAUCAAGUGGAUACAUUAAAAAAGAAUAGCAGCAUGGCCUAUUUAUUUUUGUUCCCCCCAUCUCUCUCUCUCUCCUUUUUACGUUCAAUAUGAACAUAAGAUGGAAAGAGUUGGAAGCUGGGUUAUGCAUUUUCUGUCAUCUAUUUUCUUUUGUCAGCGAGCAUGUUCUUCUUAUUGUUCACUCACUGUACAGAGGUUUCUACCUUCAGUCGACUGUCUUCUUCCGAACUACAAAAUAUCUCUCAUAAGAGCACAUGCAUAACUUAAUUACACGCUGAUCUGGGGGCCAUGCAUCAAAACAUGAGCUCAUAUUGGGAGCAGUGUAAUUUUGAGACCCUUUCAAGCUGAUCAAAAUUUUUUAGUGAAAUCUGUCAA